AUAUUGAUCAUUUUAAUGUUUUACUAGUUUUUUCCUUUAAGUAUGAUGUUUACGUUUGCUUACUGGUUUUUGAUACAAUAUAGGAAAUAUAUUUCCCCCUUUAGUAGAACAUAUAUUCAAUGAAGGUGAAUGAAUACAGAAGAAUGCGCACCAUACUGCAUAGCUAGUAUAAUGCUGAGGAGCCAGGUAGGGGGAAAAGAGUCUGGUGUCACUCUGGAUGAAGAAUGGGACGUAUCCAGGUGAACUUUUGAAACGUUAGGAGCUGCAGAAAGCGUGGCCUGGUUUGUGUUCUAACCAGUGUCGCGUCUUAGUCGUCCCCCGGGCAUAGUUCGGAAACUGUGACCUCCAUGUCCAGGACAUGUAUCAGUAGGGGAAUUGAUUCUCUAGUAAGCAGUGCACACGUGAGGUUUACAUUUAGUCUGACCCUUAAUCUGUUUACAGCUUCAGCCAGCAUUUUUAUUCGUCACUUCUAUCCGAGUUGUGUCAGAUGUGCCCCUGCCUUGGUCCUUAGCCUGAGACCCGGGAGAGUUGUGGAGACCAUCUAGAGCGGUCAGUUCAUCCUAGUCCUGAUUUCAGAAGUGCAACAGCUCUCCGGCUUACCUCCCAUGGGCCUCUCUUGAAGGCGGAUUUUCGUAUCUGGGCACUUGUACCAUUUUGAGUGAGCUUUGUUGUGUGGGGCUGUCCCCUGCCUUGCAGGGUGUCUAGUCUUUACCCUCUACAUGCCAGUGGUAACCCCGCCAGUUUGGACAAAUAUCUGAGAUCAAAAAUAUCUUCAGACUGGCCAAGUGUCACUCCCACUUGAGAACUGCUGUUUUAAGUGUCUCUUAAUCAAGGGAUGCUUUCAGUCAGCAGAGAAGGGGGUUGAAAACUUCUGUGCCUGGACCCCACUUCCAGGUAUUCAGUGUAAGAGACCUCGCUUUCCACUGUUUCAGCUACCCAUGGUCAGCUGCAGUCUGAAAGUAAUACAUAGGCAAUCCCAGAAACACACAGUCCUUAAGCUUUAAAUUAUACUCUAUUCCAAACAGCAUGAUGAAGUCUCACACGCAGUGAAUGCUGCCCUAAAUCGUUCCUUUGUCUAGAGUCUGCACAGUGCUUACAGUACCGUCUUAAGUGCUUGCUGGCUAUCCCAGUCAUCAGGUUAACUGCCCUGCUAUUGCAGUACUUUUGGUGGGUAACCUGAUGUAGCCUAACACUGUCACAACGCCCGCGCCUCUCACCUCACUUCAUCUCAUCACUUGGACAUUGCAUCAUCUCACACCACCACAUGAGGAAGGGUUUAAGCCACUCCUCUGAACGUCCCCCUGUGGCAAAGCUCACUUCUGCCAGAGUCGGACCCUCUUUCCGGAGGGAUUUUGUAUUCGAAGACAUGGAUCUUGCUGCCAAUGAGCUCAGCAUUUAUGACAAACUUGCAGAGACUGUUGACUUGGUGAGACAGACAGGCCAUCAGUGUGGCAUGUCUGAGAAGGCAAUAGAAAAAUUUAUCAGACAGCUGCUGGAAAAGAAUGAACCUCAGAGGGGGCCGCCCCAGUAUCCUCUCCUUAUAGCUGUGUAUAAGGUCCUUGUAACCCUGGGAUUAAUCUUGCUCACUGCCUACUUUGUGAUUCAGCCUUUUAGCGCAUUAGCACCUGAACCGGUGCUUUCCGGAACUCACACCUGGCGCUCACUCAUCCAUCACAUUCGGCUGAUGUCCUUACCCAUUACCAAGAAGUACAUGCCCGAAAAUAAGGGCGUUCCUCUGCGUGGGGGAGAUGAAGACAGAACCUUUCCAGGAGAAGACCACUGAACAGAUCGCAAAUUUUACAUGAGCUUUUGCCUGUUUUCAACCACCUGCCAUUUCCAAAAGAUGCCUCCCUAAAAAAGUGCUUUCUUCUUCACCCAGAACCUGUUACGGGGAGUAAGAUGCACCGGAUGCACGACCUGUUUACCAUCGGCAGCGGGGAGGCCAUGUUGCAGCUCAUCCCUCCCUUCCAGUGCCGAAGACACUGUCAGUCCGUGGCCAUGCCAGUAGAACCAGGGGAUAUCGGCUAUGCCGGCGCCUCCCACUGGAAGGUCUACAUUAUAGCCAGAGGGGUGCAGCCUUUGGUCGUCUGCGAUGGAACCACUGUCUCAGAACUAUAGGAAGCGGAAUUCUAUGCAGCUUUGAGAGCUGAAGGCCAGAUUGAAAGAGGGAAAAUAAAAACAAGCGCUGAAACCACUGUCCAGGGGUUGGUCACUGAGUUCCCUGCCCUUUGCAUGUGCGUGUGAGCCAGCUGUGUGCUGGAGGCAGGAGCCAGGACCUCGCCAGCCCCCGUCUGUGAGACUGAACUCUUCCCAGCCGCUGGGCUCGGUGGCCUGGAGGCUGCCCCAGGCAGGAAACAGGGCUGGUGCCUGCCUCCGCUCGCCCAGGCGCCGUCCCCACUGCCGUUUCCCUGGCCAUGGAGAGGACAGCCCGCAGGGCCGGCGUCACAGCCACCCAUUACCAGGGGGCCUGCUCGUGCCCCUUCCUGGCCACAUCGCCCUGUACUUGUGCAGAAGGCUGACUCAAGAACUCUGCGGUUUAUCAAGCAGAAUGGAAUCCAGAACCAGCGGGGGGGAGGAACAAAACAUCCAAUAACCUCACUGCACGCGGGAGCUACGCUCCUUUCCCGGUGUCCGUGUGCAGUGUGAGUCCUGAGGGUCUCUGUCCGCUUCAUCGGGGUCUGACGCCGCCCCCCUCCCUUGCCUGUCUCCAGAGCUCAGCCUCUCAUGCCCUCCCUUGGCCGGGCCGCAGCCCUUUCCCGCUGAGGCAGCACUGCUCCUGCGGCCCAUGCUGCCUUGAUCGAGUGUCUUCCCCGGGGAGAGGGCGCCUCCCUGGGUUUGAUCUUUAGGGUCUGACUUGUGCAGAGAAAAUGUUUUACAGAUGUGUCACAGCUGAUGUGAUGUGGCUGGGGGAAGAACUCCAGGCCCAAAGCACUUGUCAGCCGGGCCUGCAACUGACUUUGUGAUCCUCUGUCUCAACACGAUGUCCCCCUUCGUCCUGGGGAACCGGGGGAGGUGGUUUUAUUUUUGUAAUGCUAUAUAAAGCUCUGUUGUGAUUGGC